AUGAAACGUCUCCUCAGAGCCCUCGGCGCUCUGCUCUGCUGCUCGAUGUCCUUGUCAAAUACUCUGGAUCCUGAUGGGAAGAACGUCUGCCAGAAUAUCAGUGAACCAUCCAAACUGGUGUGUUGCACUGGAUGGCGUCAGGCGGGAAGAGAGUGCACCAUACAAGAUGCUGACCAGCCGUGCUUCACCAAGAAGGAGGUGCGCGACAUCAUCUUUGAGAGGAACGAGCUCAAAACCAACUUGUUUCUGGUGCAGGAGGAGCUCAGCUACUACCAGAGGCAGAUCGUGAACGAGGAGAUGUGUUCUGGCUUCCUGUUACAAGCCGUCAAAUCAGCCAUCAAAAAAAGGAAAACCAUCAUUAAAGCCAAAAUGCUCGGAAUCCCCGUGAACGAAUGCAGCAGUGAUGAGGAGGAGAAGAGUUGUUGAAUGAGAGCACAGAAGUGGACGGACCUGACAAACC